UAGCAACUUGUGAGCUACAAAUCAAGAUUUGGCCAGCCUGGCUAACCAUGUCAGCUUCCCAAGCAACAGCAACAGUGCCGCGAAUUGAACCCCCGCUGAUCCGACAAAGAUAUUCACGAGCAAACUUGGCCCUCUAGAAUAAUAAUUUCCACCCAUAAUUAUCAAAUCGUAAUUUUGCAAUCUGCUAGUAUCUUCCAUUCCAUUUUCCUUUCUUCAAAGGAAAAACCAAAAGCGUCUUUUUCUGGAGACAACAAAGUCCACACUCCUCAACCAUUACCAUCUCACACUGCCAGUUGCACUAUGAAUCCAACCCAUAUAUGCUUCAGAAUCUCAUAUAAAUCUCCUCCCAACAUUGUUAGCAGCAUGCACAUCAUGUCCUUUUUAAUCUUUCCUUUUCUCAUUUCAUCAAAUUUUCUACUAAAGUACUAAUUUUUAUAACUCAGCAUCACAUGUUGCAAUCUGUUGUUCCCUACUAAAAUACCUUUACUUGUAGUAGUAAUAAAAUCACCAAAAAUUUAAACCAUCUACACCAACCAAUACCCAGUUAAAUCCUAUCCUCUAUCCUGUUCCAGCUGAUCUACUCCAUCAAGAACCAGCUCAAAUGACAUUCAAGAACCAAUCUUUUCUCAUCAUCUUCUUCUCUUUAUACUUUCUUUCCUCAUUCUUGGAGCUAACUAAAGCUAACCCCUCAGUUUUCGUCACCCCAACUUCAGCUUCGUCGAUAGUAUCAGGAGGUUACUGGCAGCUCCUACAAUCAAGCGUAGGUAUUUCCGCCAUGCACGUACAACUCCUACCAAACAACAAAGUUAUCAUCUUUGACCGUACUGACGUCGGCCCUUCCAACCUCUCUUUACCUGUCGGCAGCUUCUGUCCUAAAAACGACUGCACUGCCCACUCCGUCAUCUACGACGUCGUUUCCAACACUUUCAGUCCCCUCCACGUCUUAACGGACACCUGGUGCUCCUCCGGUUCCCUCGACCCGAACGGUACCCUUAUCCAAACCGGCGGAUACAAUGAAGGCGAUCACGUGAUCCGCACGUUCACCCCAUGCGACACUUAUGCCUGCGACUGGUACGAACUCACCACUACUCGCCUUACCGACCGUCGAUGGUACGCUACUAACCAAGUUUUACCAGACGGAAGAGUCAUUAUUCUUGGAGGUAGAAGGGUUUUUACCUACGAGUUUUACCCUAAAGAUGACUUCCUCAACAACAAGAGUUUUUACCUUCGUUUCUUGGUUGAAACUAAGGACCCUGAAGAGAACAACCUUUAUCCUUUCUUGCAUUUAUUACCAGAUGGAAAUCUCUUCAUUUUCGCUAACAAAAAGUCAAUCUUGUUUGAUUAUAAAAGAAGCAUUGUUCUAAAACAGUUCCCUCUGAUUCCCGGAGAUGAUAAACGAAACUAUCCCAGCACCGGCUCUUCCGUCAUGCUUCCUUUGAAGCUGUCUUGGGCAGGACCUCCGGUGGUGGAGGUGCUAGUGUGCGGCGGUGCACCUGCGGGGGCUUUCUUGAAGGCGGAUAAGAUGAAGGUUUUUAUGGAAGCAUCGAGGACGUGCGGCAGGCUGAGAGUGAACGACCCUAAUCCACAAUGGCUCAUGGAGUUCAUGCCCAUGCCACGUGUCAUGUCGGACAUGAUACUGUUACCUACGGGUGAUGUGAUCAUUAUCAAUGGCGCGGCUAAUGGGACUGCUGGUUGGGAGGAUGCCGUAAACCCGGUUCUGAACCCGAUUCUUUAUUUGGUUAACGAGAAUCCAUUUCGGAGAUUUACGGUUUUGUCGCCGUCAAACAUCCCGAGAAUGUACCACUCCGUAGCAUUCCUUCUGCCAGAUGGCAGGAUAUUAGUGGGUGGGAGCAAUCCGCAUACUAGGUAUGUAUUCACUGGAAUUUACCCGACCGAUCUGAGUUUGGAGGCUUAUAACCCGUACUACUUGGAUCCUAAAUUCAACUCGUUGAGGCCCUUCAUUUUAUCUGUGGAGUCGGGAUAUACGGUGUCGUACGGGCAGAGAUUCGGGGUUUCCUUUUCGCUGUCGCUUUACAAGUGGGGGGCGGCGUUCGUGGCGCUGAUAUCGCCAUCGUUUACGACGCACUCGAUCGGGAUGAACCAACGCAUGGUCGUUUUGAAUACGGCGAGCGUGGUUCAAACGACGAUGGUUGAUUACAAACUGGUGGUGGAUGGACCCACCAAUGCUAACGUGGCACCUCCGGGUUAUUAUAUGCUGUUCGUGGUCCACUCUGGGAUUCCUAGUCACGCCGUUUGGGUGAAGGUGAUGUGAUUUUUAGACUGUACAACUUGCUUAGAUAAUUGUUU